GAUCGUUGCUACCUGUGUCUGAUGGGGGCUCUUCAGUUAGACCUUGGUGGGGCUCCAGCAGGACCAGCUGGUACAGGGAAGACGGAGACCACUAAGGACCUGGCCAAGGCUCUGUCCAUCCAGUGUGUUGUCUUCAACUGUUCUGAUGGACUGGACUACAAGAUGAUGGGGAAGUUCUUCAGUGGUCUGGCCCAAUCAGGGGCCUGGUGCUGUUUUGAUGAGUUUAACCGCAUCGACAUCGAGGUGCUGUCUGUCAUCGCCCAGCAACUCAUUACUAUCCGCAAUGCCAAGAUGGCCAAGCUGUCCAGGUUCAUGUUUGAGGGCAGAGAGAUCAAGCUGGUGAUGACAUGUGCUGCCUUCAUCACUAUGAACCCAGGCUACGCUGGACGCACUGAGCUCCCUGACAACCUCAAAGCCCUGUUCAGACCCAUAGCCAUGAUGGUGCCCAACUAUGCCCUGAUCGCUGAGGUGAUCCUCUACUCUGAGGGUUUUGAGUCCAGUAAGACGCUGGUGAUCCUCUACUCUGAGGGUUUUGAGUCCAGUAAGACGCUGGCCCGUAAGAUGACCCAGAUGUACAAGCUGUGUUCUGAGCAGCUUUCCCAACAGGACCACUACGACUUCGGCAUGAGGGCCGUCAAGUCUGUCCUCGUCAUGGCAGGCUCUCUGAAGAGAGAGAACCCCCACCUGAGUGAAGACGUGGUUCUGAUCAGGGCUCUGAGAGACUCCAAUCUGCCCAAGUUCCUCACAGACGAUGCUGCGCUCUUUGGUGGCAUCAUGUCUGACCUGUUCCCUGGCGUGUCCAUCCCUGAACAUGACUACGGUGUUCUCCAAACCACCAUCCUGGAGUCUCUAGUGAAACGCAACCUGCAGCCCCUACCCA